CUAAGUAUAGGAUAGACUACACCUAAGAGUAGAAUAUGCGUCUAUGUAACCUCCGCGGUUGCGGUUAGCCCGAGGCGCAAAGCCGAGGGAAUCUAACCGUAACCAAGGUGGUUACUAAGACGCAUAUUCUACGAGUGGGUGUGGUCUAUCUAACUUGGACUUCAUUGCGCAUGCGCGAGGCGUGGUUAUAAAAAGCCAGGUUUAGUGCGUAGCAACAGAAAUUGAAUUUGUGCGAGCUGGACUAGCUGGAGAGCUGUGAGAGACACCAGUUGACAGAAAAAGAUAAGAAGACGGCUUCAAAACAAUGAAAAAACUUAGUAAAGCUUGUGAAAUGCUUCUUGAAGAUACUGGAAAGAACAGACAAGUAAAAAGAACCUAGAACUAUGCUAGAACUGACUGCAACACUACAAGAAGAAGAAUGAAGCUCUGUGGUGGAGUGGAGGGGGUAUAGAGCAGACUGGACCGGCAUGGAACCUUAAAAAACUCUAUAGAAAGUGUCAAGCGACUGCUAAAGUGUUUUUGAUGCUUCCUGGCCCCCCUUGCCCAUGCCCAACUGGAAAAAGCAAUACAAAGCAACAGUGGACAUGGAAAGAAUGGAUAUUGACUGAACAAACUAUUGCAUUCUGUGUUUUUAUAAUGUUUUUGUCAUCUUCUUGUCACUUUCACUAAAAAUUUCAUUUCAACUUUUGAGAACUUCCUGCAAAUUAUUUGUCACUUCCUGUAGAAUAUGCGUCCAUUUCCUGUAGAAUAUGUGUCCACUUCCUGUAGAAUAUGCGCCCAUUUCCUGUAGAAUAAGUACCUUCUUGUAGAUUAUGCUUCCAUGUAAUCUACUGUUUUUAGCCAAUCAGAUCAAUUACAGAUGAUGUAAUGUAGUCUAAGUAGAAACCUGCUGAUCAGUUAGAUCUACAGUAUAGCUAGUACAGUGGUUAAGACUGACUCUAUGGCCAAAAUGUGUGACUACCAGUACAUUCUAAUGAAGGAUGUGUAUGGAGAGAAGGCUCCAGGGAAGAUAAUGGCUAUCCUAUCAGCUCCUUUCGCAGGUGGUCCGAAAACGGUUCAAGUGUUACGAGGUGAACUGCUUGCUAGGAUUCCCUCACGAGAUCAAGAGUGGUCAGCACACAAUGAUGGAAGACCACCUCACAACUUUCGCUCUACAAAAGACCCCAGAGUCACACUGUAUGGUGGUGAGGACGAUGACUAUUUAUCUCCACUGAAUGGCAGAGAUCUACAGGUUUUGGGAGCUAUUGAGAAUCCAUAUGAUCGAUUUGCAGUGUUCUCUGAGGACAAUAAGCUGGAAUGGGGGGGCAGGCUGAAGAGAGGUGACCAGGUCUAUGUGAGGCUCCCUGGUGAUAAUGCAAGUGCACCCACCUGGUCUGCUGGUAUAGUGAGACAUGUUGGACCCGUGGGGUCAUUACCAGGGAGGAACUUUGGAGUGGAGAUUACAGAUUCUCGUUACCUUGGAAAUGGCAGCAGUGAUGGUUUCUUUGGGGGAUACAGGUAUUUCGAGUGUAAUCAAGAUUGUGGUAUCUUUGUGUCUCUGGAUAAGCUAGCAGCUGAACCACCUCACCAAGUGCCCCAUGAUGCCAUACGCCAGCAGCUAAAGAGCUCUACUCAAGCAGAGGUCAACUCUUCUACCCACGGGUCACCUAUCGAUAAGCCCCCUACACUUAUGUUCAAGAUCAACGAUCGUGUAGUGGUCUACAACAAGAAGAAAGAACCCAUGGGUGGAACUAUUCGCUGGAUUGGCAGGGAUUUACAGACUAGAACACUGGACACCAACCACAUAGGGAUUGAAACAGACUCAAUUGCUGUCACUAAUUUCUUCCCUAAAGCACUGACAGCAAUAAAUCGCUUGUUUAAGGCUAAAUCUGGUCAUCGUUUAGUGGUCCCUGAGCACUUUGUGUUUAGAGAAGAGUUGGCCAACACUCGAGAUGUUGACCUUUCAGACCCAGCAGCUGUUGCACGUGAGGAAGGCUUGAGUAAGGGACAGUUUAUGGCAAAGCAGAAGAAAGCUUUAAAGGAUGCUGAAGAGGCUAAAAGAAAGGAGAACAGAAAGAAAACUGCAAAUGUACAACCUAAUAUGAAACAAGUAACGAAUCAUAAUCAUGUGGCACCACAAAACACUGGGGAUGCGGACUAUGUUAACAUUGAAGCAGUAGAGCAGCAUGCACAGAGUCGACAAAACGACCAACCGAAUCAACAAUCUCAGUUAAACGAUUACUAUCUGUCAGUAAGAAGCUCCAACCCCUACAACCUGACAUUGGGUUCAACUGUUUAAGUGGCCUCUGUGAACCCGAAUGGCCCCCCACACCCUGGAGUGAUCAGGUGGAUCGGGAGACUAGCUGGAGUGGAUGGUCAGGUGGCAGGGAUUGAACUAGAGGACUACAUGGACGGAUGUAAUGAUGGAACCUUCAAAUCCACAGAAGAGAAGUAUUUCACCUGUACCUUUGGUCAUGGACUGUAUUUCCCACUGGAUAGCCUCCGUCCUGAUGAAAGGUUUGGACUACAAGCUGGACACGC